ACCCUGUAAAAGACUUAUUCUGCCCCAGUCACGAGGGAGAGAGAACACACCCCAGACUUCUCCCCUUCCUUUCCCUUCCUGGCAGCCUCCCCAGAGGCCCACAGCUGUGGGCUCAAAGUGGAGGCUGGAGGGAAUGCUUUCUCCCUCACGGACUGUCCAUCUUCUCCACCAGCUCUCCUGCAGUUCCUGGGUCACUCAAACAAGCAGUUCAUUGUGCCUGAUCCGGCAGCUGAGGCGGCGCCAGGAGCAGGAGCAGGGACGGAGCUGAUGGCUGGUGCCCAGGGGAGGAGUCUGCCUCUUGGGGCAUCGGGAGCCCAGGGAGAGCUGGUCCCCUCUGGGUCUGUGGGUCCUGGCCACACCAUGCAGUCCCCAUCCUACAGCCUCCCCUUGGGGCUCAGCCUCAGUGAUUUCAUCCCAGGCCACCUCCAGGCACAGACAUUGCCACACCGUCAAAGGACCCAGGUGUCUGUGCUCCGGAACGGUGGCUCCAACACGCUCAACUUCCAGUUCCAUGAUCCAGCCCCCAGGACCGUGUGCAAUGGGCACUCGGCCCCCAGGAGAGUCGCCCCAGAUCCUUCUUGGUACCAAACCUGGCCCGUUUCUGAGAGCCAGGUCCCUGGAGGCACGAAGCAACCCGUGUCCCAGGGUGGCCCAAACUGGUCAGCUACAUGGACCAAAGGCGGCAAGCCGAGGGACAAGUGCUGGGUCAAAUAUGAGGGCAUCGGGCCAGUGGACGAGAGCGGGAUGCCCAUUGCUCCUCGAUCCCUCAUGUUUCAGAUGAGGAAACUGAAGCAAACAGGAUCAAGUGACUUGCCCAGGAGUGUAGGCAGCCCACGGGACUGGUACCGGAAAAUGUUCCAUCAGAUCCACCGAAAACUUCCAGAGCUGCAGCUGGACUGGGCUUUUGAGGAGCAAGGCAAAGAGUCCAGGCAUCUUGGACCGCUAUUGAGAACUGCCUCUCGGAGUCCCUCAUCUCUCCACAGCAGGAGGAGCCACAAGGACCCUAAAGAAGGGGCUGGAGACAUCUUCAGCUAUAAGCCUGGAACCUCCCCUCUCCUGAAGACAAGACCCCAGGUGGUCAGGUACCAGAAGAAAGCUGAAGAUACCUGGACUGAGGACUCCUGGAACCAGUUUCUACAAGAACUAGAGACAGGGCAGAGGCCUAAGAAGCCACUGGUGGAUGAACCUGUUGAGAAGCCCUCUUUGCCAAUUGAGAUCUUACUGGAGAGGGAACUGGCCAGGCUGAACGAGGAGCUGGACAAAGACAUGCGAGCCAUUGAGAUGAAGCUGCCCCCGGACAAGGGCUCGGUAAAGGCUAGCCGCCCCCGGGACAGAGGACCCUUGGCUCGCUUGUCUCCAGCCCAGGCUUCCAGCCCAUCCCAAGCACUUUACCAUAGCACCUCACGGGCCCUGAGCCCCCACAGAAUGGAAGAUGGAGGGAGCCCCUUCCUGGGUCGGAGAGACUUUCUCUACCCACCCCCCACCCAAGAUCCAAAUGGGGCAGAGCCUGGGGAUGGCCUGGCAAAGAAAGAAGAGAAGAAGAUGAAGGCUGCACGGCUCAAAUUUGACUUCCAGGCUCAGUCACCUAAGGAAUUGACCCUGCAGAAGGGAGACAUCGUGUACAUCCACAAAGAGGUGGACAAAAACUGGCUGGAGGGAGAACAUCAUGGGCGGCUUGGCAUCUUUCCAACUAACUAUGUAGAGGUGCUGCCCCCAAAUGAGAUCCCAAAGCCCAUCAAACCCCCAACCUACCAGGUACUGGAAUAUGGAGAGGCUGUGGCCCAGUACAACUUCAAGGGGGACCUGGAGGUGGAGUUAUCCUUCCGAAAGGGUGAGAGGAUCUGCCUCAUAAGGAAGGUGGAUGAAAACUGGUACGAGGGGCGCAUCUCAGGGACUGGACGACAGGGCAUCUUCCCUGCCAACUAUGUCCAAGUCUCCAAAGAACCCAGGCUCAAGGUCUUUGAAGAUGGCCCUCCCCCCACCCACCUGACCCUGGCUGGCUCCCAAGUCCCUGGGUCCCCACGCCUGGGCACCUCUCGCCUAGCAAGGCCAUCUGGUUCCCCCUCUGCACCCCAAAGCACAGCUGACACCACCGACUGGGGGGGCCGAACCUCUCCCUAUCGCACUGGUUUUGCGUUUCGUUCCAGCACCCAGGAACCUUCCCCACGGACCUCUCCAUCCAGACCUCAGAGCCAGGGUUUUGGUGCCUCCAGGACAUUGCCGUCCCACCACUGGGGUGCCAGCCCUCACCAAGACUCUUCUUCCUCUUUGGAUCCUCUAAUAUUCACUGGACUCCGUACCGGGCAGUAUAUCGAUAUUGGCCUCAGAAUGAAGACGAAUUGGAGCUUCGGGAAGGAGACCAGGUGUCUCCCGGAGGACCCAGAAGUUCGGAACAUUUCCAGGAAACUAUGUGGCCCCCGUAUGAGUGGGCACUUUGGCAGCCUGGAGCAAGCCCAGAGCUCCGCCGUAGGAAGGCCCAGCUGGGGGGUGGGGAGAAGGGGUGAGGGUGGAGGAGGCGCUGCAUUUAGGGCACUGAGGCCGAGGGCUCACUCUGUAACCUCCCCUUCCUCAGCUAACCCCCCACUGCCCACAGACAGCUGCUUUGGUGUGGUGUUUCUCUAAGACUCGAGGGAGGAUGGGGGUGGGGCAUCUGCAGGAUGCUACAGCUUCUUUGAGGCCCCAUCCUGUGUCAGACACAGCCGCCAGCCCUCUGCCUCCGCUUCCCACCCUGCCUGCCUUAGGCGACCUGGUAGAACUCUGAACUCAGACUCACAGACAUUCCUCUAACAGCCCCUUCCUUCGCUGUAGAGCUCUCUUCUACCAAGGACUAGUUCCCAGCCUUAUUGAGACCAGACAUCCUCCCUUUCUCUCCACCCUUCCCCCCUCCCUCAUCUCCAUUGAGUGGCGUGUCCUGUAACAAGGACCAACCUCUUAACUUAAUGGGGACCAAAUGCUUCCACCUGGAAGGACUUUCUUCCCCAAAUUCCAUCUGGCCUUCCACUUCACAUGCCUUCUCUGCAGCCUCCUCCUCCUUUGCUAGCUGAGUUGGGAAAGGGGGGAGGUGGGGAGGAAGUAGCGAGGGACUAUUUUCCUGCUCUC